UUUAGUAAUUAUUUUUAAAUUGAUUUUGAAGUGCUCGCUAAAGAUUGACAAACAAUGAAUACUUUAAUAAAAUUAUUUUUACUUUUCUGCAUAUUUUAUUACACCAAGUCUAUUGUAAUAGAAUCGGUUGUUAAGUUUAUUAAAAAUGUCGAAUCACAGGAUGGAGAAUUCAAGUUUAAUAUAGGUGAUUUAAAAAUUCCAUAUUACUUUAAUCCAGUUGAUGACGAAUGGAAAAGAGAAAAAUGUAGUAGCUUGGGGUUUACAUAUAAAGAACCUGUAACGCACCAGCUCUUAACUAUAAAUGUGGUUCCUGUUGAUAUACUGAACAAUAGACAUUAUUUAUUCAGAACUUUGUCUAAUAUAAUAUGUGGAGAUAGCAAUUUACACAGUAAACUGAAAAAACAAGUUUCUCUCAGCCUAAUAGAAAAUCCAAUCAUGGAAGAAAUGUUUGGUACUAAAGAAAAUUUCAGUGAUUAUUUAAGUAAAUUCGUGCUAAUUAAAGACUCAGAUACGACUAUGGAUGAAGGAGCGGUGAAACAAUGUCCGAUUUGUUAUGAAGAUUCUACAUCAACUUUAUGGGAUUGUAAACACCGAUUGUGUCACAAUUGUUCUGAAAUGAUGUUACAGAGAAAACAAAUGAAGUGUCCACUUUGUAGAGAAAACAUUUCAUACAUUACAGACAAGGAAACGGGGAAUGUAAAAAAUUUAUGUGGACCGAUAGAAUUAAUAGGUGCAGCUUAUUAUUUGGAUGUGUGUAUUUAUGCAUAUUAUAUAGAUGGUGGUUGGAUGUUAUUUAGUAAAGGAUGGCCAAAAUAUGACGAACUUGAUAUGCAAGACGAAAAGUGUAUUUAUUUAUAUAUGUCAACCGAUUACAUAGGCAUUAUUACUGAUGUAACAAAUCCAUAAAUUGUUAUUCGCUAAUAACAUAAAAUCACUUGUAGUAAUAUAUGAUAAUAUAAUAUAAGUGUUUAUAUAAGAUAAUAAUUUUUUUCUUAAAAUACAUAAAAUUACACGUUUCGAAAACUUAAAUUUAAACAAAAAAAUAAUUGAAGAUAAAAAAAGUAUUUUAAAUAAUGUAGUCUAAAUACCAUUUUAUUCAUAAUCAAUACUGCUCAGAACUUAAUGCAUCUAUAAAGUUUAUUUUAGUCACUUAAAGUAUAUCAAUGAUAAAUAAAUAUUCAUGUUAAUUUUUAUAAACACAAUUUAGUGUAUAAUAAUUAGAAAUUUAGUUUUGGGGGAUGUAGAGGAGUUUACUUUCCCUAAAACAUAAAAUAUUCCUAGGACGCUGUAUACACUUAUGUUACUUACUUUUCACUUUUUUGGAUGUCUCAGAAGAGGUUUAAACAAAUUUUAUAAAUGCAUUAAGUCCCAAGCCUUAAUAAUUUUAACAAAAAAUUCAUAACACUUGUGUAAAAUUUUACAAUACUUGUAUACAAACUUGAGUAAAAUUUUUAGAGAAUGGAAUAAAAUAUUUUUGUAUGAUUUAUAGUCUGUAUGUAAUGAUAAAAAUUCUAGAUAAAAAUAAUGUUAAACAUUAAAUUGUAAAUAAAAUUUCCUAUAAUUUA